UUUGUAUGAGAAUUACCAUCGCCAAUGCAGCUUUUAAGCAACAGGGAAACAGACCCUAUUAUUGCGAAUGUAGAAAAUGUCGUUGGUAGGGUAACUGAUAAAAACACUAUUAUUAGGAUGCUUUUUGAUCCCAAAUAUAUUGAGGAACAGAUUGCUGUGUUUUCAAUUGUGGGGUUUGGGGGUCUUGGAAAAACUACUUUAGCUCAACUGGUUUAUAAUGAUGAGGAUGUUAAGAAUCAUUUUGAUGUUGCUGCAUGGGCCUGUGUACCUGAGACAGGUGAUGAAAACAUUGUAAUGAGGCGAGUUUACGAAUCAUUAACUGACAGUGAUAAAUCUGAUGAUGAUAGGAAUUCCAGUAAACUUACAAUGGGUCAUGAAAACACUGUAAUGAGGCUACAAAACGGAUCAUUAACCGGUGAUAAAUCUAAUAAUAAGAAUUCCAGUCAACUCAAAAUGGGUGAGAUUAAAUCAGGCAUCAUAAAAUUGAUUAGGAAUAAGAAGUAUCUUCUUAUCUUAGAUGACAUAUGGGAUGAAAAACAUAAAACUUGGACAGAACUCUUAGAUUUGCUAAAAUAUUGUGCAAGAGGGAGUAAAGUAAUUGUAACAACACGUAGUAAAAAGGUUGCAAAUGCUCUUGGGACAAAAGAAUCCCACACACUAGGACUUCUAACUAAAGAUGAGUCUAGGAUUCUUUUUAAAAAGAUUGCAUUUAAAACGAAGGAAGACGAGAGUAAUUCUACAUUAACUGAGUUGGGGGAAGAGAUAGUUGAGAGCUGUGGAAAUGUUCCCCUUGCUAUCAAGGUUAUUGGAUGUCUUCUCUACGAUGAUAAUAGUGAAGAACACUGGAAAGGAAUUAGAGAUGCUCGACUCUCCGCAAAUGUGAAGGAAGACAAGGACAUAACGCAAGUGUUGAAGCUGAGUUAUGAUUACUUGUCACCGGCAUUAAAGCAAUGCUUUGCUUACUGUGCAUUGUUCCCAAAGGACCAUCGAUAUAGUAAGGAGCGUUUGGUUAAAAUGUGGAUGGCACAAGGUUAUAUUAAUCCAUCACGCAUAGAUAUUGGAGAGAAAUACUUUAUGGGAUUGUUAGGGAGGAGUUUAUUUCAAGACCCGGAAGAAGACGAUGAAGGGAAGGUCGCAUACUGCAAGAUGCACGAUUUAGUGCAUGACUUGGCUCAAGAUAUAGCUGGUGAGGAGAUCGUGCAUGAUAUCCCUCAAGAUAUAGCUGGUGAAGAGAUGGAACAAUUGGGUGAGUCUAACCAAGUAGUUGGUGAUAGACUUCUACAUGCGGGUUUAAAAAUGAAAAGUAAAGAACAAGAUGAUAGAGAGGUUGAAUGGGAAGCUCCAGAGUCGUUGCUUGAUGCUGGGUUGAUGCGGUCAUUGAUACUACAUUCAAACAUUCCUGCUGCUUGGAAAAUAAAAGCAUCAUCUCUUAAAAUGAUAUUGAAAUUUAAGUCUUUGCGCGUCUUGGAAUUUAGUUGUAUACGUAAUUCAACAAUCCCAAAUUCUAUAGGGAAGCUGAGGCAUCUAAGAUACCUUGAUCUUACAAAUAAUGAUAUCGGGUGUCUUCCUGAUGGCAUAACAAGACUGCCAAAGGAGAUGCCACCAAAAUGGUUAGAUGGGCUCUCUAAGCUUGUUGUCAUUCGUCUUACAAAUUGCAGAGAGUGCACAGAUCUUCCGCACUUGAGUCAGCUGCCUCAUCUCAAACAUCUUUAUCUUAUAUCUCUUUCGGCAUUGGAGUAUGUAGUAGAAGGUGGAAAGUGCUCUUCUGGAUCCCACAAUUUGUACUUUCCAUCUUUAGAGGUCUUGGAGCUGCAUCAUUUAGACAAUUUAAAGGGGUGGGCAAGACCAACAACGGAUGAGCCAAGGCAGCUGUUGUUUCCUUGUCUUUUGCUGUUUCAAUUUGAUGUCAAUGCCUCUAGCACCAAAGCUGGAGUCAUUAGAGGCGAUAGAAUUCAAUUGGAAGGCAUUUGAAUCGAAUCUGACGGCAAUGGAAGCAUCAUCAUCAUCAUCAUCAUCGUUAUCUCUUUUCACCUCAUUAAAAACGCUGGAUAUUUGUAAAAUCAGGUCUGGACCAGCUUCUUUGUCAAUCAGUAGUAGAUUCUCUAACCUACAGAAAAUAAAAAUAGUCAGUUGCAAGGAGCUGACAAGUUUGAUGAUGGAGGAAUCUUCAAGUUCCAUUACGCAUCUCGAAAUUAAACACUGCAAAAACUUGGAAGACAUUUUACUGGGAAAGCUCUCCUUGCUUCGUACGCUGAAGAUUGAUGGUUGCCCGAAAAUGGCGUCACUACCAGACCUUACCUCUUUACAUACACUUUACAUUAGUGAUUGUCCAGAUUUGAUAACAAGAUAUGACACGUUUGAUGGCCAAGACGGGCACCUACUCCAACAUAUUCCCGACGUCUACAUCGAAUACCUCAUUCAAUUAUAACCAAAUCAAGUCCGCCUCCUUUAUAUGAUGAAUAACCACGAUUGCUGAAUACCGCGACAACAGUUCCAUGACAGAAAAUUCCGUGCUGCUGUAAGCUUCUCAGGUUCUUCCUAGCAGAAAUUAUCAUAUCAUUACCCUAAUUAAUGAUAUUGCAUCAUAGGCCUACUCAUUUCAUUCUGUCUUUUCAGGGGAUAUAAACAUUGUGAUGCUUCAAGCACUGAAGGGAGCAAGCUUUUACCAGACUUUGCUAGGAACUAAGGAAGGAGGCUUGUUUUAGAAGUGUGGUAUGGGAAUAAUGUACUCAAGUGAAGAUGAUCAAGAUGGUGACUAUUUCGAUGCUCUUUAGAAAUGCCAAGCUUUGUGCAUCAUUGAUGCAACCGGAGAUACAUCUAGCACGAAAAGGUGAAAUGAAAUUGCAAAGGGGGUGUGUUUCCUCUUUUUUCACUUUGGUGGGGUAAGUCAAGGCCCUUGUUUGUACAUCAAUGAUUUCAGGUGUUUAAUGAAUUAAAAUUGGCCUGAGCAAAUGAUAGGUGGAGCUUUUCAACCCUUCCUAGAAGGUGGGGAAAGCUUACACAGUGAUGCUAAUCACAGGCUGGUGUUGGGAGGGUUGGCGUGAUCGUGGAUAUAUCAGCUCCAGCUUGUCAGGAAACAAAGCUGGACAGAACAUCUGUUUUCUGGUGAUAGUUGUAACCUUUGUCGUCUUCUUAUUGUUGAUAUCUUAUGGUUCUUAUCUAUGUAAUUGGUGGUUUGUUAAACUUGUGAAACUUGUUAGAUUUUGUUACCCUUAAAUAUUUAUAAUAAUAAGAGAAGAAAAGGGUGGACUCCUUCAGGUCUCGUGGUUUUAUUCUUCUCACAGAAGAAGUUUUCCACGUAAAAAGUUUCUUGUGUAAUGUUCUUAAAACUUUCUUCUGGAUUA